CACUGUGGCGAAGAGUUACAACCAAAACAAUCAUGUCUGACUUUCCUCCUAAUUUAUCCAUCAGACCAUUGACUAUAGAAGACCUCGAUCAAUGUAUCGAACUUGAAAAGAAAGGGUUUCCUGAAGAUGAACGUGCAUCUCCAGAAAAGCUUAAAUAUAGGUUGACUGUAUGUCCGGAAUUAUGUUCGGGAUUGUUUAUAAGGGAAUAUAUAUAUAAGUACAAUGCUAUUAACUUACCAGACGUUGCUGAAUCCCUUGAAAAAGAGCAUGAGCACGCUGAUGGCAAAGAAGAUAAGUCCGAACACGAAGAAGAUUCAGACGAUGAAGACUAUCCUUCUAAAUCUUCAGUUACCAAGGAAAUCCUUGUUGGUCACAUUAUUGGUACCAAGAUUGCUGGAGAAAGAAUUACAAAUGAGAGUAUGGAAUUACCGUCAUCAGAUAUCCCUGGAUCAGGACACAUUGAAAGCUCAAGACAUAUCGGGAUCCACUCUGUGGUGGUUGACCCUAAAUGGCAAGGUAAGAACUUGGGUGCUUUGUUAUUACAUGAUUAUAUUCAAAAAUUAUCAAAUCAAGAUUUGGGUGAUCAAAUUUUCAUAAUUGUUCAUGAAGAUUUAAUUCCAUUUUAUGAGAAGAUUGGGUUCAAUAAUUUGGGUGAAAGUAAAUGUAAAUUCGCUGGUGUUGCUUGGUAUGAUAUGUCAAUUGAUUUGGUAGCUGUUGAUGAUCUUUAGUCAUGUUGUAUAUUAGGAAUGUAAAACAUUAUGUG